AUGAAGGCUACAAAUUGGUGGCAUUCUUUGAAGCAGCGUUCACCUAUGUGUGCCCGUUUGCCUGCACGAUUCUCGCUGAUCUUCUUGUACUUUGUUGCCAUAAUAAUGAACCUAAAUUCACUGUUUUGUCAAGUGACUUGGUCUCAAGCACAAAGCUCUUGUCAGCAACCUGCCGAAGGGCUCAAGAUCCAAUCCAGGGAGAGCCUUAGGUUAUCGCAUUUACGACGUCAGCGGGCAAUCCGACGAUGCCUUUUUAUGGCAACUGUGCAGAUGAUCCUGAAUACUCCAUAUUAUACAUUGCAGCUGAUCGAUGAAGUCUAUUCACUGCAAUCGACUCCAUCUGGUCUACUGACGUACUUGUACAUGGAUGCGGUGCUCUAUCUGCUCUACCUUUGUCAAUUUCCACUUGUUGCUCUGAAUACAUUCGGCUAUCAUAUCUGA